AUGGUAAAACCAAAAAGAAACCUGGUUCUGUUUGGGAGCCGAGGAGAAGAGAAGACUUCAGCAGCUGAAGCCAUUUUAGGUCAGAAAGAUCUUCAUCCAGCCUCCAGACCUUCAGAGUGUGUUCAUCAUCAGGGGGAGGUGUGUGGACGUUGGGUUUCUGUGCUGGAGCUGCCUCCUCUGUACGAGAAACCACAUGAGGAAGUGAUGGAGGAAUCACUCAGGUGCGUCUCCCUCUGUGAUCCUGAGGGGGUCCAUGCCUUCAUCCUGGUCCUACCUGUGGGUCCCCUCACUGAUGAAGACAAGGGAGAGUUACAGAUCAUCCAGGACACGUUCAGCUCUCGAGUCCAAGACUUCACCGUGAUUCUGUUCACUGUGGACUCAGACCCUGCAGCUCCAGCUGAUGUUACCUUCAUCCAGAAGAACAAGGACAUCCAGGAGCUCUGUCAGAGCUAUGGAGGAAGAUCUGUUGUUCUCAACAUCAAGGACAAGAAGCAGAUCCCAGAACUGUUGGAGAUCGUGGACAAAAUGUCCUCUGAAGGGUCCAAACGCUUUACGAAGGACACGUUCACCAAAGCCAACAUCGAGAGGGUUUCAACACUUCAGGCUGAACUGCAGGCUGUGAAACAGAAGAUGGAGAUAGACGGUGAUCUUAGAGAACGACUGAAAGAAAAAGAUGAAGAGAUGAAGAAGAAGGAGGAAGAGAUGAAGAAGGAGGAAGAGAUGAAGCAGAAGGAGGAAGAGAUGAAGAAGAAGGAGGAAGAGAUGAAGAAGAAGCACAGAGAGGAGCUGCAAACACUGCGAGAGCAGGCUGAUCAGGAAAGGAAGCAGAGAGUUCAGCUGAAGAAAGAAAUGGAUGAAUGUAUGGAGAGGGAACGUGAGAAGAAGAAGAAAGAACGUGAGGACGAGGACAAGAGACGAAAAAAACAGGAAGAAGCUCAGAGACAAGCGUGGAGACAAAAACUAGAAGCUUCAGAACAAAAAGUUCAGUCAGAAAAAGCCCAAAGAGAAAAUGUUGAGAAGAAGCUGGAGCAGUGCCGACGGGAGAUGAAGAGAGAUCGAGACGUUUGGGACAAAGAGAAGGAUCAGAUCUGGGAACGAGUCCACCAGGACAUGAAACAGAACCUGGAGGACCUUAAAAAGAACCUGGAUGAGGAGAAGAGCAGCCACAGGAAGCUCCAGGAGGAGUACAACUGGAAGAGGAAGAAGUGGAUUUAUCCGUGGAUCGUCGUGUUGCCAGUUUUAGUGCUUCUGUUGUUUCAUGUUCUCACAACACAAAGAUGGUGGUAGAGCCAUGAACAUCUCCCUGUAGACACUUGAGACUCAUGAGUCCAUGCAGUCUCAGAGGGACGGACCCAUCCAGACCACAGACCUGGUUUUCUGGUUCAUCUUCAACUGAACAGAGGAA